AUGGACCAGCAGCAGCAGCAACCGAAGCCGCAGCCGCAGCAGCAGCAGCAGCAGCCGGCUCAACAACAGCAGCAGCCGACAGGCGGCGUCCAUGGACCUGCUGGACGCAGGCUGCACAUUGCUCAUCGGCGUAGCCCCUCGGAGCUCACGCCCCUGAUGAGCAUGUUUGCCAACCCAGGAAUGGAACAGUUGGCCAUCCAGCAGCAGAUCGAGCUGUUGCAGCAGCAGCAGCAACAGAUCCAAGCGACGCACCAGCAAUACGUCAACAUGGGCAUGAUGCCCCCCGGCCAGCCCCUUGGCCACAACGGGGCUUUCAAUCCUUUGCAACCCAUGGGUACCAUGGGCCAGAACGCAUUCCAGUUCCCCAGCCAGAUGCAGCCGCAGAACCUGGGUCCUCCCUCUCAACCUCUAUCACAUCGCCGUAAUCAGUCGGCACUGCCCAACAUGGGCAUGGGACCGCCUCCGGCGCCAUCAUCUGGCGCUUCGGGGUCCACCUUUGGUAACUUUGAAGCUCCCGGAGCCGUCCACGGCCGCGAGAACGCCGGUGGCCGUGGCGGCCGAGGUGGUGGCGGCUCCGGCUCGGGGCACCAGCGCAGGCACUCGCUGGCCCUCGCCGACGCCAAAAAGGCAGCCGAGAUCGCACAACAGAAGCGAACGACGACCGGAUUUCAGUUCCCCGCAGCCCCGAACCCCGACAAGCCCGACGAUGAGAACACCAAGGCACCUGUCAGCCAGCCCAGCCUAGACGCGUCGGUUGCCCAGGGCUCGUCCCGCGGGCGUGGAGGCCACGGCCGGAGCCAGAGCAUGGCUGUGAACGGCCGAGGUGGUUCGCGCCUGGGCGGCGAUGGCGACUUCCAACGUCGUGGCGGCGGCAUCGGGCAUGCCCGUUCUGGGUCUCGAAACUUCGAGGGCAACUGGCGCACCCAAAACCAAAAUCAAGACCAGGCUGGAGGUGCGGGCCAAGCUUCCUCCUUCCAGCCGGGUCACAGGCCACGAGGAUCGAUGAACCAAUCCGUGUCCUCCAUCGGAGCCUUCCAGUAUACCCCCAACCAACCGCAGCUCAUGCAACUUCCCGGGCAGAUGAUGAUGCCCCAGAUGUAUGGCCAGCAGCUCAACCCAAUGCAGCUCACCCAGCUUCAGGCUCUCCAGGCUGCUCAGAUGAACGGGCAGGGCUUCCAGGGACUGGCCAGCUCCCAGCAUGCUGGCGGCCAGCUCGGCGGCCAGCAGCAGCAGCAACGCAAGACCCUCUUCACCCCGUAUCUUCCGCAGGCAUCCUUGCCUGCUCUCCUCGGAGACGGUCAGCUUGUCUCGGGUAUCCUCCGUGUCAACAAGAAGAACCGCAGCGACGCAUAUGUCACCACACAGGACGGCCUUUUGGACGCCGACAUCUUUAUCUGCGGCAGCAAAGACCGUAACCGCGCUCUCGAGGGUGACCUGGUCGCAAUCGAGCUCCUCGACGUCGACGAAGUCUGGUCGCAGAAGAGGGAAAAGGAGGAGAAGAAGAAGCGCAAGGACAUUACCGACACUCGCUCGGGCUCCAUCAAUCAAGGCAGCCAGAAUUCUGGGCAAAACGACGACGGUAAUGCUGGCGAAGGCGGCAUCCGUAGGCGUGGUAGCCUGCGCCAGCGACCCACUCAGAAGAAGAACGACGACGUCGAGGUUGAGGGUCAGAGCCUGCUUCUUGUUGAGGAGGAAGAGAUCAAUGAUGAACAGAAGCCGCUCUAUGCUGGCCACGUGGUUGCCGUCAUUGAGCGAGUGGCCGGUCAGAUGUUCUCUGGUACUCUGGGCCUACUGCGUCCCAGCAGCCAGGCGACCAAGGAGAAGCAAGAGGCGGAGCGGGCGGCUCGAGACGGUGGCAACAGCCGCCAGAACGACAGUCGCCAGCAGGAGAAGCCCAAGAUUGUUUGGUUCAAGCCUACUGAUAAGCGGGUCCCGUUGAUUGCUAUCCCGACUGAGCAGGCUCCUCGCGACUUCGUGGAGAAGCACCAGGACUAUGCCGAUCGCAUCUUCGUCGCCUGCAUCAAGCGGUGGCCCAUCACCUCGCUUCACCCCUUCGGUACCCUUGUGGAACAGCUGGGCCGCAUGGGCGACCUAAAGGUGGAGACCGAUGCUCUCCUGCGCGACAACAACUUCUCGUCUGACGAGUUCUCCGACGCCGUCCUGCGUAGCGUCGGGCUCCAGGACUGGUCAUUGGCCAAGGAGGACGAGGCCGCGGCUACGUCUCGCCGUGACUUCCGUGAGGAACAAACGUUCACGGUUGAUUACAAUGGCGGUGCCGAGCUCGGCAACGCCUUCCAUGUCAAGACUAGGCCUGACGGGAAGAUCGAGAUUGGCAUCCACGUCCCAGACGUGGCUCACUUCGUCAAGCCAAACUCGCUGGUGGACCGUGAGGCCAAGAAGCGCGGAACCUCUGUUCAGCUUCUCAACCGCUUCUGCGCGUUGCUACCAACCAAGCUUGCAGCCGAGGUCUGUUCGCUCACUCCUGGUCAGGAGCGACUGACGGUCAGUGUCGUCUUCAGCGUGAACCCUCACACCGGAGCCGUCGCCGACGGGGACAGCUGGAUCGGCCGCAGUAUCAUCAAGAGCGCCGGUAAAGUCUCGCUGGCGGACAUCGAUAGCGCUCUCAACGAUCCCUCGUCCUUCAAGGGCGACAAUGUCCCCCUUAACACGGUCCAGAUCCUUCAAGGCGUUGCUCAGAAGUUCCGCGAGACUCGCCUUGGUGCUGGAGGGGAGCCUAUUGCCCCCCUACGUCUCCUGCAGCAGAUGGACGACGAGAACAACCCUGUGCAGGACAACAUAUUUGAUUCCACCCAGGCGCUGGAGCUCGUGGAGGAGCUGAUGCACAAGGCCAACGCUUACGUGGCUCAGCGUCUUGCCGAGGGGCUUCCCGAGAAGGCGCUCCUCCGUCGCCAGGCUGCGCCCAACCCUCGCCGCCUGCAAACAUUUGUCGAGCGCAUGACGGCACUCGGCUACGACAUUGAUGCCUCUGGAAGCGGCGCGCUCCAGAACAGCCUGUUCAAGGUGGACGACUCGGAUCUGCGCAAGGGCAUGGAGACGCUGCUCCUCAAGUCUAUGCAGCGUGCCAAGUACUUCAUCGCGGGUAAGACGCCCAAGCCGCUUUGGCCUCAUUACUCUCUCAACCAGCCGCUCUAUACCCACUUCACUUCGCCCACGCGCCGUUACGCCGACAUCAUUGUCCAUCGUCAACUCGAGGCAGUGCUGUCUGAGGGCAAGAUUGAGUUUACAGACGACAUGGAAAACUUGGUCAAGACGGUCGAGUCAUGCAACACCAAGAAGGACUCUGCCCAAAACGCACAGGAGCAGAGCAUCCAUAUCGAGUCCUGCCGAACGAUGGACAAGAAGCGCCAGGAGGCCAAUGGCGACCUCAUCGCCGAGGGCAUUGUGCUGUGCGUGUACGAGUCGGCCUUCGAUGUCCUGAUCCCGGAGUGGGGCUUCGAGAAGCGCGUGCACUGCGACCAGCUGCCGCUCAAGAAGGCCGAGUUCCGAAAGGAGAAGCGAGUCCUUGAGCUGUACUGGGAGAAGGGCGUCCCGAGCUCUGCGUAUGUUCCGGAGGAUGAGCGCCCCAAGGCCGCUGCCUCUCAGAGGAUGACCAACGCGAUGGUGGCGGCCAGGCAGGCGGAGGAGGCGGAGCGCGCCAAGAAGGAGCGUGAGGAGGCGGCCCGCAAACAGACUGAGACCGGCACGAUCUCGACUGACGACGUCGACGCUCUGUUCGACGACGACGAGGACAACACGUCGGACGUGACCGAGGCAAUGGCCGGGGCGUCGCUGGCUGAGCGCCCUACCCAGAGCGUGCCUGGAUCGCCAGCACGCACCUCGUCCAACGCCGGAGCCUUGCACCGAACGCGCUCCGACUCCAAGGUGCCCGUCUCGGAGACUGUCGAGGCUCGUCUCACCAACAAGGAGAAGUACCUCAAGCUUUUCAAGCUGCGCGAGGAAGGCGGCGACUACAUUCAGGAUGUAACUGAGAUGACGAGGGUGCCAAUCAUCCUGAAGACGGACCUCAGCAAGAGCCCUCCUUGCCUGACGAUCCGGUGCCUGAACCCAUACGCCCUGUAG